AUGGCAUCAUUAAAACCCUUUCUACAAAGGCUAUGGGGAAGUAAUAUUUCUAGGGCUCGUCCCAGACGGUCGCUUGCCGUUUGGUACAUCGGCAUGCUGCUUACAUUCCUUUGUCUAUUUUACGUUGGUGACUCGAUUCAAAUCUCCUCUGAACCCUUCGCGCUUUCCAAUGAUGAAAUGCAAGAUAUCUUUGUUCGAACCUCAGGGCCUCGUGUCGUCAUCUUCGUUAUGAGUGAUAGAAUUGAUGGUACCAUUUGCUAUUCAGUGGGCUCAGCCUACCUAAGCGGGCUGCCCGUAGUGGUAGCCGGCUAUCAGAUGAAGUACAAAGGGUUUUUAUCCAAGCUCGACUUCGCGGAAAGUGCCAUCAAGAAUGCGCAGCUGAAUCCGGAAGAUAUCGUUAUUUUAAUGGAUUCCGACACGCUUUUUACGGGUGUGGACAUUCAUCCAUUCCUCGAUCAUUUCAUUUCACAGUCCGCCGAAACACCGGAGGAGCUGGAUGCACUGGCCGUUCGGCAGGACCGUGCGAUGGCACCGAUCGUAGCGCUCGCGGAGGAUUGUUGUUGGGCACCGAAUCUAUACUUCAGCAAUAAGUGUUGUAAAGUUGAGUAUGAAGCGGCUUAUAAAAAGGUUCGUGCGCAUGCGGCUGCACACCCAGAGCAUAAACUCACCUUGCCUUUUGACCAAUCCCCAUAUCGCCAUCCCAACAUGGGUAUUGUAAUUGCUCGUGUUUGGGCGUACAGGGAAUACCUAGAGAAGGUUAAAAAGUUAACAGAAACCCAUAAACCAAAAGCCAGAACCCGGAGGGGAUGGUAUUGCGAUCAAUCCAUUUUUUCAUGUUUUCAUCAGGAUCUCUUGAUAUGGGAAGUUAAGCAGGAUGUUUUUUCGAUGCCAUUGCAUGAGCGGCAGGCGGCGCGGUCCACUUACGGUAUGCGCGCCGGUUUCCUCGGGUUAGACUACGUCAAUGCGCUUUCGGUGGUUAUUGCGCUCAAAUACAUACACCGAACCGAAAUUCACGAUGAGCUCUGGGCGAAGUACCUGCUGUCAGACAGGCUUGAACACCCGCACUCACACGAGAUGGAUGGAAUUAAGAAUGUCGGUCGCUUUGUAGCGGGCCUUUAUAAGCGAGCAUAUGCCGCACACGGUAAGGAGAUUUACACGAGGCUUGCCGUACCCAAGUGGGUGGACGAGAAAAAGACCUCUGAGACGACCUUCAUCAGCCUCACACCACCGCUUUUUGCGUCCAAGCUGAGGCCCAUCGACACCGUCAACGACAUGACGCGUCAUACGUUCCCGGUAAUUUUGCAUGCAUCCGAUCUCGAGUAUGGUUAUACCAAGGUCAAAAAACUCGAGUAUGCCUCCGUAGGUGCACCGUGGUUCAUGCCGAUGGUUUAUGAUGCAGAGAUAUUGCAACAGAACGAAAAGUACCUGGAAUCUCUACCAUUGUUUCUAUCUACCGAUAAGGACAUACUUAAAACCUCUUACAACUCUAACUGUGGCUUUCCAUUUGAAGGAAUCAUAAAGAAGGUCCAAAACAUAUAA